AUGGAUUCUCCAAAGACGUACUCCUCGAUUCCGGUGGAUUCGGAAAGGUCUACAAAGGCACGCUCGCCGGAAACGGGGUGGAGAUCGCGGUGA